AUGCACGCCCACGCCCUCCUCGCCCUCGGCCUGCUCCACGGCGCCCUGGCCGCCCCGGCCAACACCAGAGCCCCAGACGUCGUCAGUCAGAAUGGCUACCGCAGCGCCCCCUAUCAUGGCCCGUACUCAGGGACACCGACCGUCCUCGGAGCUGCCAAAGCCUCCAAGACGCUGGCCCCAUCGAUCGCCCCAAAGCCUCCCAACCCAACAGCCACCUACUACAACGCUGCAGGCGUGCCCACACAGCCCAUGCCAGCACCCUACGUCCCAGCAGGAGGCCUAGGCACGAACGGAACUCUCCCCCGGUACAUGGUCAACAGCGACUGGGACUUUGAGUCCAUCGCGCUAGGCGUGUACCAGGAGUACAUCGAGCUGGACCUCUUCCACGACGGGCUGGCCCGGUUCUCCGACGACGACUUCAAGGCAGCAGGCAUCGGGCCUGAAGUCCGCUCCCUGAUCGAGUUCAUGGCGAACCAGGAAGUCGGCCACGCCACCCUGCUGAGCAACAUGCUCGGCGAGGCCGCCCCCAAGCAAUGCGUCUACAACUACCCCUACCGCACCGUCCGCGAGUGGCUGGACUUCAUGCAGCGCCUCACCCGCUUCGGCGAGUCCGGGGUCUGGGGCUUCCUCUCGCACCUCGACUCCCGCGAGGUCUCCCAGAUGCUCUCGCAGUCCAUCGCCAUCGAGGCCCGCCAGCAGAUGGUCUUCCGGCAGCUUGCCGGCCUCGCGCCCAUGCCCGUGUGGUUCGAGAACGGCUGGCCGCAGUCCUGGCAGUGGACCAUGCUUGCUCCCUAUAUCAGCUCCUGCCCCGCGGGCCAGACUCGACUUGCGUGGCAGAACUUCCCGACCCUGCACAUCCUCAACAACCCCAACAUCAACCGCGUCGACGCGAACAACACUCGCCCCGACGGCAGCGAGCAAGCCGGGAACCGCAUUACGGACCCAUCAUCCUCAAACGUCACGCAGGGCGACGCCUGCAUGACCGCCAACGGGAUCGGGAAGAACUGCCAGGCUGCGCUCGCGCGCAACAGGACCGAGCCGCUCUCGUACCCCGGGAAGAAGGUGUACUUCUCGUGGGACAACCCGGGCCAGCACGUCGGCCCGAACAACUCGUACGUCACCAGCACGACGGCCGGCCAGCCGAAGUUCGUGGGCUGGAGCAACCAGCUCAACCUGACGUACUCGCCGUUGACGGUCACGGGGCAGAACCGGGGGUGGACGACGCAGCCGGGCGGGAUGGUCUUUGGGGAUGACGGCGUGAUUAAUGAUACGAUGGCGGUGAUGUUGACGGAUUUGGAUCUGUUUGUGACGCCGUUUAAUACGACGAUGCUGAACCCGCAUAUUGUUGCGCUGGGGCUGUACCAGGCUGGCUAA